GUUUCACUGUGGUCAUUCCCCGACAAAGCGCAGCGCUUAGGUGGCCAUUCCCAAAUCGAACCCGAGUCGCGCAGAAGACGACCCAUCGACUCAGCCAUCACCGGCCAUGGCUGCGAUCUUAGCUAGGAAAUCUCUCCAGGCUCUCCGCGCCAGACAGCUCGUUGUACCAGGCCAAGCAUUGCAGAGUUCUUCCUACUAUGGACUGCGAUCCAGUUCACAACACUUCUCAACCAUAAAAGAGGAUGAGGAAAGAGAGCAACUCGCAAAGGAGAUUUCCAAGGACUGGAGUUCUGUUUUUGAUCGAAGCAUAAACACAUUGUUCCUCACUGAAAUGGUUCGAGGUCUGAUGCUUACGCUUAAGUACUUUUUUGAGAAAAAAGUUACUAUCAAUUAUCCUUUUGAGAAGGGCCCCUUGAGUCCUCGUUUUCGUGGUGAACAUGCCCUACGGCGAUAUCCUACGGGAGAAGAGCGUUGCAUUGCGUGCAAGCUUUGUGAAGCUAUCUGUCCUGCACAAGCAAUAACAAUUGAGGCUGAGGAACGAGAAGAUGGUAGCCGUAGGACUACAAGGUAUGACAUUGACAUGACAAAGUGCAUCUACUGUGGAUUCUGUCAAGAAGCAUGUCCCGUUGAUGCCAUUGUCGAAGGACCAAACUUUGAAUUCUCAACAGAGACUCAUGAGGAGCUUCUUUACGACAAGGAAAAGCUGCUUGAGAAUGGAGAUCGUUGGGAGACUGAGAUUGCUGAGAACCUCAGAUCUGAAAGCCUUUACCGCUGAUUUUCCACCGAUGGUUUCUUUCCUAGUUACCAUACUCCCUUUUUCUCGACUUGUUGAGUAUGUGGAAAAAUAAUAAGAUCCCGGCAUGGAUCUUAAAGAGUUUGUAUUGUUUGUUUCGCGAUAUCCUAACCGUUGUCAUUGAGUCAUUGUAAGUAAUGAUUCCAAAUGCGACGUAGUUUCUUUCUUUAAGAUUUUACACACAUGAAGCAUGCUCGAACUUGAAAUCUUUUGAGAAACAAAAUGUUGUAGGCACCAGAGAAGCAUUUUCAUUGUUCUGCAGUCUCUCUAGCUCUUUCAAAUGAAUUACUAGUUCUUUUGGUCAAGACA